AUGAGCUCCCUCAAAUUUGUAGUGUCCUCGCUUGAGGCCAUUGCCUCGUCCAAGGAUGCUCAGCGCAACAAGCAACUAGAAGAGACCACUACCAAGGCACUCGACGCCAUCAAGGAACAGGACCAGCUUCCUGACCCCGAGAUCGUUUUCGCUCCUCUACAACUGGCAUCACGCUCUACAAACGUCCAGCUUACCACAACCGCUCUCGACUGCAUUGGAAAGCUUAUUUCCUAUUCAUACUUCUCCGUGCCCAGUAACCCUUCCGAAGGGACCGAAGAGGGUGCUGAGCCCGUUCCUCCCCUGAUUGAGCGAGCUAUCGAUACUAUCUGCAACUGCUUCCAAGGCGAAACCACCGCUGUUGAGAUCCAAUUGCAGAUUGUCAAGUCCUUGCUAGCAGCUGUCCUCAAUGACAAGAUCGUAGUCCAUGGCGCUGGUCUUCUCAAGGCCGUGCGGCAAGUAUACAAUGUCUUUCUGCUGUCGCGAAGCACAGCCAACCAGCAGGUUGCUCAGGGUACUUUGACCCAGAUGGUUGGUACCGUCUUUGAGCGUGUUAAGACAAGACUGCAUAUGAAGGAGGCCCGUCUCAAUCUCGAACACCUCAAGAAUGGCUCUAGCAAUGUUACUUUUGACCAGGCCGAAUCAGCCAAUGGUGCCAACGACAGUCCCGACCGCGACGAGUCGCCAGACGAAACUAUCGAGGCCACGAAUUCCUCGACCGAACCUGCCGAGAGCGGCGCAAAGCUCACCCUGAAAGAUCUUGAGCAUCGUAAGAGCUUUGACGAUUCGAACCUGGGCGACGGACCUACCAUGGUCACACGGCUCAAGCCUGACCGAAAGGAGACUGACACUCCAGUCUCUGACCAGGCAGGCCAGGAUCCUGCCCCUGCUGAGGAUGGUGACGUGCUGGACGCCGAGGACGAGGUUUACAUCCGGGAUGCUUAUCUCGUCUUUCGAUCUUUCUGCAACCUGUCAACCAAGGUUCUACCACCUGAUCAGCUUUACGACGUCCGUGGUCAGCCUAUGCGCUCCAAGCUUAUUUCUCUUCACCUAAUUCACACACUUCUUAACAACAAUAUCGCCGUUUUCACUUCUCCUUUUUGUACGAUUAAGAAUUCCAAGAGCGGCGAGCCUACGAGUUUCCUACAGGCGAUCAAAUUCUAUCUUUGUCUAAGUAUUACUCGUAAUGGUGCUAGCUCAGUUGACAGGAUAUUCAACGUGAGCAGCGAGAUCUUUUGGCUGAUGGUCAAGUACAUGCGCGCUGAUUUCAAGAAAGAAAUCGAGGUAUUCUUGAACGAAAUCUACUUGGCGCUCCUUGCACGAAGAACUGCGCCGUUGUCACAAAAAGUUCAGUUUGUUACAAUUCUCAACCGAUUAUGCGCCGACCCUAAGGCAUUGGUCGAAAUCUACCUUAAUUAUGACUGCGAUCAGACGGUCGAUAAUAUUUACCAGACCAUCAUCGAGGACCUGUCCAAGUUCUCGACGACUCCGCUUACUAUUACUACGAUCAACGAGCAAGUGUACGAAGAAAUGCGGCUGAAGACAACCCCUGCGAGCGAAUGGCAACUCAAAACGACUCUUCCUCCUCCUCUGACGGUAGCUCACAUUGCUCCUAACCAAGAAGCUGAGCCGGAUUAUCCCAAGGAGUAUGCGAUCAAGCGGUUAUCUAUCGAAGCUUUGGUAGAGACGUUGAGAUCUAUGGUGAACUGGUCGGCGCCCAUUCGAGGUGACGCUGAGCCUGCGCGCUCCGAAAACCAGGACCUUAAAGCUUCCCUGGAUAUCCGACCAUCGAUCGACCCUAGCAUCAACGAUAGCGUCUCUCGCGUGGAAACCCCUUUGCCUCCAUCCACGCCUAUCCUGGAAGACGACCCAGAUCAAUUGGAAAAGGAGAAAAUGAGGAAGACGGCCUUGAUGAAAGGAAUCAACCAGUUCAACUUUAAGCCGAAGAAAGGUAUUCAGAUGCUCCUGCGUGAUGGCUUCAUCCCAAGCGACAGCCCCAAAGAUAUCGCCGAGUUCCUGAUAAGGGAGGACAAACUGGACAAGGCUCAAAUUGGAGAGUAUUUGGGUGAAGGAGACCAGAAGAAUAUCGACAUCAUGCACGCAUUUGUUGACACCAUGGAGUUUGCCAAAAGGAGAUUCGUUGACUCGUUGCGCCAGUUCCUCCAGUCUUUCCGCCUGCCUGGUGAAGCUCAAAAGAUCGAUCGAUUCAUGCUUAAGUUUGCCGAGCGUUAUGUUCUCGGAAACCCCAAUGCAUUCGCCAAUGCCGACACUGCAUACGUCUUGGCUUAUUCCGUUAUUUUGCUCAACACUGACUUGCACAGUGUCAAAAUCGCCAAGCGCAUGAGCAAGGAAGAGUUUAUCAAGAACAAUCGUGGUAUUAACGAUAAUGCGGAUUUGCCUGACGAAUACCUCCUUACCAUCUACGAUGAAAUCGCCGCCAAUGAGAUCGUUCUCAAGAGUGAGCGAGAUGCAGCGGCUGCAGCCGGCAAUGCACCCGCCCAAUCGACUGGUAUUGCUGCUGGUCUCGGACAAGCACUUUCCAACGUUGGUCGGGAUUUGCAGCGCGAGGCCUACAUGCAGCAGUCGGAGGAGAUCGCUCUACGCUCCGAACAACUGUUCAAAGAUCUGUUCAAGAGUCAACGCCGAAAAGCUGGGACGAAGUACAUUCUUGCAACUUCUUUCAAGCAUGUCAGCCCCAUGUUCAGUGUUACUUGGAUGUCGAUCUUUUCCACCCUUUCGAGCCAGAUUCAGAAGUCUCACAACCUCGAAGUCAACAAGCUUUGCCUUGAGGGUAUGAAGCUUGCCACACAAAUCGCUUGCUUGUUUGAUAUGUCUACUCCGAGAGAGGCGUUCAUGUCAGCUUUGAAGAACACCACCAACUUGAACAACCCACAAGAGAUGCUGGCCAAGAAUAUCGAGGCUCUGAAGGUCGUCCUUGAGUUGGGACAAACCGAGGGCAAUGUCCUCCGCGAGUCAUGGAAAGAUAUUCUGAUGUGCAUCAGCCAACUUGACCGACUCCAGCUUAUCUCAGGUGGUGUCGACGAGAGUGCUGUGCCCGAUGUAUCGAAAGCUCGAUUCCUGCCCCCUCAAAGGACAGAGAGCUCUGACUCUCGCUCGUCAAACUCCAGGAAGCCGACACGGGCCAGGUCAGGAACUGCAUCAAAGGGCUUUUCUACCGAAAUUGCUCUCGAAAGUCGAUCCGAUGAAGUGAUUCGCAGCGUCGACCGCAUUUUCACCAACACCGCGAACUUGAAUGGUGAAUCUAUGGUCUACUUUGCUAGAGCACUAACAGAAGUCAGUUGGGAUGAGAUCAAGGUGUCAGGCUCCAACGACAUGCCUCGCACCUACAGCUUGCAGAAGAUCGUUGAGAUCAGUUACUACAACAUGAACCGUGUCAGGUUUGAGUGGAGCAAUAUCUGGGAGGUCUUUGGCGAGCACUUCAACCGAGUUGGAUGCCACAAUAACAUGAACAUUGUGUUCUUUGCACUUGAUUCUCUGCGCCAGCUCUCAAUGCGAUUUAUGGAGAUCGAGGAGUUGGCCGGUUUCAAAUUCCAAAAGGACUUCUUGAAGCCCUUUGAGCAUGUGCUCGCCAAUACACACAAUGUGACAGUUAAGGACAUGGUUCUCAGAUGUCUGAUACAGAUGAUCCAAGCUCGUGGUGAUAACAUCCGAUCUGGCUGGAGGACCAUGUUCGGCGUUUUCACAGUUGCUGCCCGUGAACCUCACGAGAGCAUUGUCAAUCUGGCUUAUGAGAAUGUCAACCAGGUUUACAAAACCAAGUUUGGAGUGGUCAUUUCUCAGGGUGCAUUCACUGACCUGAUUGUAUGCUUGACAGAAUUCUCCAAGAACCUCAAGUUCCAGAAGAAGAGUCUGGCAGCUUUGGAGCUACUCAAGUCUCUGAUUCCUACUAUGCUCAAGACGCCCGAGUGUCCAUUGUCGCAAAAGUACAACAACAUCCCACCUCCUGAUGGCGCAACCCAGACUUCUGAAAAGCGAUCACGGUCAAACACCUCGGUCGAGGAGGGAUACUGGUUCCCUGUUCUUUUCGCCUUCCACGAUGUUCUUAUGACAGGCGAAGACUUGGAAGUGCGAUCGAACGCUCUCGAGUAUUUCUUUGAAACCCUAUUGAAAUAUGGCGGUACCUUCCCAUCAGAGUUUUGGGAUAUUCUAUGGCGUCAGCAACUCUACCCCAUCUUUAUGGUAUUAAGAUCUCGCCCAGAGAUGAGCAAUGUUCUGAACCACGAGGAGCUUUCCGUUUGGCUAUCGACCACUAUGAUCCAGGCUUUACGGAAUAUGAUCACUCUGUUCACACACUAUUUCGAUGCGUUGGAGUACAUGCUUGAUAGAUUCCUGGAGCUAUUGGCCCUUUGCAUUUGCCAAGAGAAUGACACGAUCUCACGAAUCGGUAGCAACUGCUUGCAACAGCUAAUCCUCAAGAAUGUCACCAAGUUCAAGCCAGAGCACUGGAACAAGCUUGUUGGGGCUUUCUGCGAGCUGUUUGAGCGAACAACUGCAUACCAGCUUUUUACAGCGACUGCUAUCAACAACACUGCUUCGAUAUCGCCUCCACCAAAUGGCCUUGAAUUCUCCGCAGGCUCAACAGAGGCCACACCCGUCGAUGAGAAGUCACUCAAAAUCGAUGGACGAGAUGACGAUGAUGAACACACUAUCAUUCCUCCGCCUGAUGAGGAUGAACUUCAGACGCCAACAGCAGAUGGCCCUCAUGUUCCGCUCGAGGAGUUCAAACCAUCGUCUAAUCUUCAGCAGCAGCCCGUUGUAGUGACGGCCGCGCGACGACGAUUCUUCAAUCGAAUUAUUUCUCGUUGCGUUUUGCAGCUAUUGAUGAUAGAGACGGUCAAUGAACUCUUCAGUAAUGACACUGUCUAUGCUCAUAUUCCUUCUCAGGAACUCUUACGUCUGAUGACGCUGCUUAAGCGAUCUUUCCUAUUCGCCCGUCGGUUCAACGAGGAUAAGGAAUUGCGUAUGAGGCUUUGGCGGGAGGGUUUCAUGAAGCAGCCACCUAAUCUCCUGAAGCAGGAGAGUGGUUCAGCUGCCACUUACAUCUCCAUCCUUUUCCGUAUGUUUGCCGAUGAUGCACCAGAGCGAUUGCAGAGUCGACCUGAUGUGGAGACUGCGCUGGUACCUCUGUGCAAGGAUAUCGUUCAUGGCUACACCACUCUAGAAGAGGAAAGUCAGCAUCGAAACAUUAUUGCAUGGCGUCCAGUUGUCGUCGAUGUUCUUGAAGGUUAUGCUACUUUCCCCGAUGAUGCCUUCAAGAAGCAUGUUCCCGAUUUCUACCCUCUUGCGGUCGAACUUCUCACCAAGGACCUCACGGCGGACUUGCGUGCCUCGCUCUUAGUGGUAUUGCGACGAGUUGGAGAAGUUGCACUGGGUAUUGAGGGUAUGACGCAGACGAGACAACGACAAGACAGUGUGGCCAGCCGAAUGACGGCGGAACCAAUGGGUGAUCGAGAAGCAGACGCAAGGAGAAUGCUAUAG